GGAAUGCCCUACUGAGAAAUUAGUCAUGGAAGCGCAUAACCUCCAUGCGGCUAUCUUCAACCUCUUAUCCCUAUUAUUUCCCAUUCUCCUCUUCUUUCUCCUCAAAUGGCUCGUCUUCACCAACCGAACAUCGACAAAAAGACUCCCACCCUCACCACCAAAGCUCCCAAUUAUGGGAAACCUCCACCAGCUCGGCCAACACCCACACCGUACUCUUCGAGGCUUGGCUCAACGUCACGGUCCACUCAUGCUACUCCACUUUGGUUGGAAGCCAACUCUCAUUGUCUCAUCCGCCAAUGCAGCCUCUGAGAUUCUUAAAGCCCAUGACACUAUCUUUGCAAAUCGACCUUACUCGAGUAUCCCGAUGAGACUCUUUUAUAAUUAUAAGGAUGUUGCUGCUGCCCCUUAUGGGUCAUAUUGGCGGCAGAUGAAGAGCAUAUGCAUCACACAACUUUUAAGUUCGACUCGAGUGCAAUCAUUUAGAGCCAUCAGGGAAGAAGAGAUGGCUCUAAUGAUGAAAAAAAUUAAAGAAUAUUCUCAUGAUAUAUUUGACAAUAGACGGUUGGAGCCUUCAUGCUCUCAAAAGCAGUAUAAUUAUUCCUCUGAUUUUGUGAAUUUAAGUGAACUUUUCACGUCACUCACAAGUGGAGUGAUUUGUAGGGUGGCUUUUGGGAGAAAGUACAAAGAAGGGGAGGGAGGGGGGAGGUUUAGGAAGCUAUUAGAGGACAUGGGAGUCAUACUGGGUGCUUUUGAUGUGGGGGAUUUCAUUCCGUGGCUUGGGUGGGUGAGCUAUGUGAAUGGUUUGAAGUGGAGAGUGGAGAAAUUGUUUAGAAAGAUUGAUGUUUUUCUCGAUAAGAUACUUGAUGAUCAUAUGGCUAGUGGAAAUAAAGAUCAAUUAGAUUUUGUGGAUGUUUUGCUUGAAAUUCAGAAGAGUAGCAUUGAUGGUGAGCAUUUCAUGGGUCGAGAUAACAUAAAAGCUAUGAUCCUCGACAUGUUUGCUGCUGGUACUGAAACUACUUCUGUAGUUCUAGAAUGGGCUAUGAUUGAGCUACUAAGGCACCCAAAAAUGAUGAAAAAGGUACAAAAGGAUAUCAGAGUGAUUGCUGGAAGUAAAGCACAUAUAACUGAAGAUGAUACAAAGGAAAUGCAUUAUUUGAAAGCAGUGAUCAAGGAGACCUUGAGGCUACAUCCUCCACUCCCACUACUUCUUCCUCGAGAAUCCACUAAGGAUAUUAAAAUACUGGGCUAUGAUGUUUUGGGCAAAACACAAGUAUUUAUCAAUGCUUGGGCAAUUGGGAGGGACCCAAAAUCAUGGGAAGAAGCUGAGGAAUUCGUGCCAAAAUGGUUCUUGAACAAUCCUAUAGAUUUUAGAGGACAUGAUUUUCAACUAAUUCCAUUGGGAGCUGGAAGAAGGGGGUGCCCUGGAGGUACGUUUGCCAUUGCCAUUAUUGAGCUUGUGUUAGCUAAUCUUUUGCACAGGUUUGAUUGGGCAUUGCCUAAGCAAUCAAAAGAUGAGGAUUUAGAUUUAACCGAAUGUACCGGAAUAAGCAUUCAUCGAAAAAUCCCCCUUGUUGUUUGUGCUAGGGACCACUAUUUAUAAUGAAUGGACCAUGCCCAACUUGUUGAAUAUUGUAUCUUUUUUUUUUUUUUUCAUUUUUUUAUGAAGAAUAGAUAGCAGGACGAUUUGAAAAUAAGAUAUUCAUAUUAAGAGUUUCAAAUUCAGAUCUUGAGAAGCAGAUGUAGGGAAUGUCCAAUCUCAUAACAUAGCCUAGAGCUAUGUUUUCCCACUAGAACAAAAACAGAAAAGUGUAAAAUAAAAAAAUAAAAAAACAAUCUAGUUAGUAAUUACAUAAGUUUUCAUCAUGGUGAACUUCUUAUUCCAGCAGCUUGCAAUGAGAGCAAACCCCAAUUAUUAGUUUGUUGUAUUUGUAUGUGUGGCUCUUAUACUUGUUAGGGCUCAUAAAUAAAGAAAGAAGAAAAGCAUAUGGAUUCAAUGGUUCUCAUCGGCAAGGACUCGCCGACGAGUGUCCUGUACUCGUCGAUGAGUAGAUACCAAGAGGCUAGAAAUCAUAGAGUUUAUGAGAUACCGAGAGCAAGAAAUCAGAAAUGUGAAUACUCAUCGACGAGUGAUCUUACUAGUGGACAAGUAGCCUUCUUUGUCUCGUCGACAAGUAUCAUGUUCUCGUCGACGAGUGCAUCCAGGCUGCAAGAAAGAAUUUCAAAUUUGAAUUGGAAUGUUGGGGUGGUUGGGAAUUUGGAGGGAAACCUUCGAAGGGGUUGUUAUAUAGGCCCUUCUGGGCAUAUUUUGUUAAGAGAGGGAGAGAAUGUUGAGGGAGAUCACUGUAAUCAAUUUUAUUGUGUAUCUUUGAUCUUCAUAGUGAAACCUUUUCUGAUUGCUCCCGUAGAUGUAGGCUUUGCCAAACCACCUAAUUCCUGGUGUUGUUGCCUUUAUUAUUGCUUUCUUUAUGUUGCUAUGGUUCUGGAAUUAUUCUGUAUUCAUCAUUUAGAUUGUUGCAAGUGUAUGUUUGAUCUUUUACACAA